AUGUCGAAAAUCCCCAAUAAUGGCAAGAACUCCAGCUACGUGUCCAUGGAUCGCAAACUGCCAACUCAUCCGACUAGGCUGCGGGUAACGCGGGGGUCUCAAGACAAACCAUGGAACCACCCACAUGUCGUCUCGAACUAUAUGGGCGGCGUUAUACAGGCCAUACAGGCCCAGCGGGUGCAUGAGCAACUUCCCUGCUUGAGAUACGUUUAUGACCCAUCUAGGCCGCCACGGACGGGCGGGAUCCGGCAAGACCAGAGUGGAGAGUUGAGGAGGGCCUCGCCUAACGAGAAACACCACGCAAGUCACGUACCUCAGAGAGCUUCACGGACGCAGCAGUCAACCACGCCGCCGAUACCACCCGCGCGACUACUUUGCCCUGGGGCUUAA